GAUGAUAACUCACGUAAAGAAGAAGGGCACAAAGGAAAGCAAGUUCUAUAAGAGGUAUGGAAAAAUCGCCAGGAAAGAGGAUGAGCAUCGCAAAAGUGAAAUUAACUGUGUGAAGCCAUUGGAUGAUGAUCUUGAUGCGUGUCGUACAGCUGAUAGACCUUCCAAAACGCGCUCCGGAUAGGAGCACGUCUUCUGCGCCUCAUUCUUGGGACCUAAAAAGUCACAUUUCUGCGCACGCCGUUGCUGUGCUGCGCGAAGACUGGCGCAGAGCGAGGGGUCGAGGGAGAAGAGUUUCACGCCCACAAAAAACGCAGCAAGACCUUGAGGAUGAGGUAGAGGCUCAGGUUUUCCAGAACGAGAAUGAUACAUUCCAUAACAAAGUUCGUGUGUGUCAAAUUUGGUGCACCGCCACCUCGGGCAACAACUCGACCGACUCGGACUUGAGUUACAUGCAUUCACAACACUAUUAUACACCUGCACCUUCUAUGACUUGGAAAUCUGACGAUGAGGAGAUAUCGCACCGAAGUACUUACCAUAAGGAACCAUGCUUACUGCGCCCCCCAUCGACUAGAUCUCAAAAUCAGCAAUUAUCGGCGUCACGGGCCACAGCUUGUAUAGUCAAAUGGGGAAACUCGUUUCCUAUAUACAACUGAUACUCGAUAACAAAAUUAUGCAAUCCAGCGUCCAAUUUCCUCGUCAGUUCACUGAUCCGAGUAGGCAGCCACAUGCACCAAAAGCUAUGCUUCUUCCAAACCAACAGAAGAAAAUUCGCGUCCAUCCAGCC